UAAUAAAUGUCUGGUCGGUGGAGAAUGGAGAAUGCAAUAAAUGGCUACGGCGAGAGUUCGAUUGAAUAAGAUGGUAGAAAAUGGCAUGCAAAGUGUUAUUAAAUUUUAGUGAAAUGUUUACUUGUUCCGGUUGUGUAGAAUGGGAGGCUGCAUAGGUAUAACUAGGGCAAGAAAUGCCUCAGUUAAUGACACGUCAGAAAAUUCGACGAGAACUAAUUCGGGAAAUACCAGAAAAAAUCAUCUCCUAUGUCAUGAGGUAAUUAGAUGGAAAUCAGAUGUACCUCUAACCGAAGGUCAGUUAAGAAGUAAGCGAGAUGAGUUUUGGGACACUGCACCAGCGUUUGACGGUCGUAAAGAGAUCUGGGAUGCAUUGAGAGCAGGUGCAACUGCAGCAGAAGCACAGGACUAUCAAUUGGCACAAGCCAUAUUAGAUGGAGCUAAUAUUUCUGUACCAAAUGGUUUCUUAACAGAAUGUUACGAUGAGUUAGGAACUCGUUAUCAAGUACCUAUUUAUUGUUUAUCCUAUCCAAUUAAUAUUGUAAAGGAAGAUAGUGGAAGAGAUUCACCUGCUGAUUGUUCUGAACCGGUUGAUGAAGGAACAGAGCAAACUUUAAAACUUAGACUAUCGACUACUUUGGGAGAAGUUAAAUUACCUGUUUAUAGCAACGACACUAUUGCUAUUGCAAAGAAAAAAUUACAGAGUCAAGAAGGUUUGGAACCAUCGCGUCAAAGAUGGUUCUUUGGUGGUAAAUUAUUAGGUGAUAAAAUGCAUAUAGAAGAAGCAAAAGUGCAGCCAGGUUAUGUAAUACAAGUAAUUGUAAAUCCAGAAAAAAUGGAUAGCAAUUGUGCAAAAGCUAGUUAAACUUGUGUGUAAACGUGACAAAAAGUAUGUUAUGUUUUAUCAGAAAUCAAUAAUAGGUAUAUUUUUAAUCUUUGACAAAAUUCGUUAAUUGCAUGUGAAAAUAUUUUUAAUUUUUUAUCUGUUAUUAAAAACAACUUGGACAAAAUAAAGUUUUGUAUUAUGAAUUUCUAUUUAAUGAAAUUGUGAAUUAAAAAAAGUGCAAUUAUAGUUUUGUUUAAUACAUUUAUAUUUAUCCAUAUACAUUACUGUGCAAUGUAAAAGAAAUAUAUAAGAAUAGCAUUUAAGAAGAGAGAGAGAGAGAGAGAGAGAGAGAGAGAGAGAGAGAGAGAGAGAGAGAGAGAGCGAGCAAGAGCGCAAAUAUCAAGUAGUAGCAUAUCUUUACAAAUUUGGUAUCUUGAAUAUUUGCUAUAAGCAAAUUGACUGAAAAAUUAUAUGAUUUAUUUAUAUUUAAAAUAUAUAAACAUUUUUACAAUUUAUGCACUUUCUAAUAGUAACAAAAAUUUUUCACGUUAUAAAUUGUAUAUAAAAGCCAUUGUACAAAAGUUACAUAUUAUUAAAUUAUACAUUAAAUAACAGUAGUUAUUUAUGAGAUGUUUCGAGUAAUAUAAAGUGUGUACACAUAUAAAGCAUAUAAUAUUAUUUCUUGUGCAAAAUAAGAAGAAAGUAACUUUUGAUUUUAAUAGCAUUAUUAUCACAUUACAUUACUUACGAAUGCAAAGUAUAUACCAAUAUUGAAAUAGACAAUACUGGACAAAAACAAAAUAUAAUACUCACAUUGUAAAAUAUAUCUGAAUUACAUCAGAAGAUGUCUAAUGACUUUGUACUUGCAACACUACUGAGUUAUUCCUUAUUCUUUUAUAAUUUCUAUUAUAGAUUAGUUUUAUGUAAGUAAAUAAUACAAGAAUUUA